AUGAUUGAUUUGAAAGCAAAAGCAGAGGACAUUGCAAAAGCUGUCCCAAAGGCGCAAAACCCAGCAAAAAAGGACGUUGAGGACGCUGUCCCAAAAGAGACCAAAAGUGAAGCAGGUUUUCAUCAAAAUCAACCAAAGAAGAUAACUCGUAUGGUAGAAGCAACAACCAUAACCAAGGAGGUUUUAGAGGAAAAAGAGGAGGAGGCCAUGGAAGAGGCCAUGAUAGGAAUAAUCGCUACCAAUCAGACUACAACCAUUAUAACCACGACCAUCAUGACCACCAUGAUUGCCAUUAUGCCCGAAAUGACAAAGGAGAAUCAGGCAGUCGACACCGUGGCGGAGAAGACGGAUGGUACCCUAGUCGCUCCCAUCGCUCACAAUCACCACCACCACAAGAUAGAUCUCCAAGAUAUUAUGACAGAAAGGAUAGCAGAGACGAGAGACUGGAUGACUACAGAAGUAAGAGUCGGAACCCAAAAGCCCAGUCAGGAGAAAAUAUGA